UCGGGAGAGGACGCGCGGGGACCCAGUCGCUCACGCCCUCCGCGCCAGAUGCUCCAGAGGAGUCGCCCGACGGUCGGCAGCACUCGGCAGCAGGGGCCCGCAGCCCAGCGCGUCGGCAUCCGUCCAGGCGGGCGCUCGCCGGGGGACAGCCCCGCCUUGGGAAGCCGCUAAGGGGAGCCGCGAGCGAGCGAGCGAGCGGGAGAAGCGCGGCCGGCCCCGCAGGAGCUGCUGACCCGCCCCCGGCGACUGCAGCGACCAGGCGCCCCUCUCGCGGUCCAGAGGCGUUGGGGGCAGCCCGGCGCCGAGAUUCCCCUUCCCCCCUUUCCCCUCCUUUUGCUUUCAUGCAACGCCUGGUGGCCUGGGAACAGGCAUGCCUUCCCAUCCAGCCUCCGGCCUUUAAAUCCAUGGAAGUGGCUAAUUUCUAUUACGAGGCGGACUGUCUGGCUGCUCUGAGCAAGCUGCACCCGCGGGCGGCCGGGGCCCGCUCCAUGACCGAGCUCAGCGUGGGCGAUCACGAGAGAGCCAUCGACUUCAGCCCUUACCUGGACCCUUUAGCAUCGCAGCAGCAGCCGCCGCCGCCUCCUUCCACGGCAGCAGGGGGCAACUUUGAGCCAGUCUGCGGCGGCGGCGGCGGCGGCAGCGGCGGCGGGAACAGCGGCCAAGAUUUUCUCUCCGAUCUCUUCUCGGAGCAGGACUAUAAAGGCGGCGGCGGCGGCGGCAAGAAGCAGCCGCAGCACCCCGAUUACACUUACAUCAGCCUGGCCAGGCACAGCCAGCACCACCACCCGGGCGUCGGGCAGAGCCACAAGGCCGGCGGGCCGCUGCUGGGCUGCUUCCCGCCGCAGAUGGUGGAGACCAAGGUGGAGCCGGUCUUCGAGCACUUGGACUCCUGCAAGGGGCCCCGCAAGGAGGAAGGCGUCGCCGGCGGCGCAGGGCCCGGCCUGGGGGGAAUGUCCUCGCCUUACGGCAGCACGGUGCGCUCCUACCUGGGCUACCAGUCGGUACCGAGCGGCAGCAGCGGCAACCUCUCCACGUCGUCGUCGUCGAGCCCGCCGGGCACCCCGAACCCGUCCGAUUCCUCCAAGUCCGCCUCGGCCGGAGGAGGAAGUGGCGGCGGCGGCAUUUACCCGGCAGGCUCCGGAGGCGGCGGCGCAGGGGGCAAGCACAAGUCCAAGAAGUGCGUGGACAAGCACAGCGAGGAGUACAAGAUCCGCCGCGAGCGGAACAACAUCGCCGUGCGCAAGAGCCGCGACAAAGCCAAAAUGCGCAACCUCGAGACGCAGCACAAAGUCUUGGAACUGACGGCCGAGAACGAGCGGCUCCAGAAAAAGGUGGAGCAGCUCACCCGCGAGCUCAGCACCCUCCGGAACUUGUUCAAACAGCUGCCCGAGCCGCUCCUGGCCAACUCGGGACACUGCUAGCCAGCCGCCUUUCCCCCCGGCCCCCUUGUGCGCACACAGCUGGACGCCGCUGGAGCAGCGCGGUGGGUUGGCUGGGGAAGGACUGGUUUUGAGGGCGGGGGGCAACGACGGAGGUUUACGGGGUGUGGAAGCGGGUGGAUGCGUCUCCCCCCGACCCCGCUUUAGGACGGUAAUGGAUCAGGGGAGUGGGAGGCAGAAAGUAGGGAACGCGCCCAGAGGGUUUGCAUUCAUGUAUCUGUCUAUAUAGUAUCUAUUGUUGGCCUUUAAUUCGCACUCGGAUGAUGGGGGAACCUUCCGCCCCGAGCUGCGCGCUCUGCAGCGCCUUCGGCUGGCGUGGGGGGUCUCCCGGCGGUUUCCAUUUACCUCUGCAACCUCGUGGAAGAAUCGUGAUUUUUCAAUGUUAUUUUUUUUCUAAGAAAAAAGUGGCACCAAACCCAACACAAGCCCUUUAAUGCCUGAUCUGAAUGUUUUUGCAGGGUUUCUCUCCCCCCACCUUUUUUGGUUGAAUGCGAGUGUUAUUUAAGUUAAAGAGAAAGAACAUAAAAUAGAGCGAAAGGGAGCGAAGGAGAGACCGUAGUGAUGCAAUCUUUAAAACAUGGCUGGGAAACCUGGCUACACAUGAUGCAACUUCGUGUAACUGUCAGUCAUGGAUUGAGUAAUCUGUUAAAGAUGUUCUUACAGUUUUUUAUUAUAAAGAAUAAUCUAUUUCUAUAAGGAAAAAGACAUAUGUAUAUUUUGGGAUCUAUGCAUUCUUGCUACAUCUGAAGCAUUAAUGAACAAUUUUAAUAAAACUUUAUUGCUAGGAUGGAAAAUGAGAGCUUGUUUUUUUUAGGUGCUAAGAGCAAGUGAUAUGUAAAUGUUUCAUGGGGAAGAUCAGUGGGUGGGUUCAUCCAGAACCACUGAAAUCCAUGAAGGUUGUCCAACCAGCUAAAAUGGGAUAUAGACUUCUUCCACUGUCUAGUUAAACUUUCUGCCAGAACUUCUGAUGUUCUUGGGCUGGGUAAAAAACCACCAAGAAAACCAGAACGUAGCAGGAGCCAUAACUUCCCUUGACUUCUGGGUGCCCCCCCCCCCAUUACCAAACCUGUGGAUUUUCAUGCGAAAUAUUACCAAUUAGGAAGGGCCAUUGAAAAGUGCCAUAGGGAAAAUCGGAAUAAGAGAAAAACCUAAUAGAACCUGAUUCUUUUUCUCAUCAUAACUUUUACCUGCUUGGGCUGAUCUGUUUUGCUUCUUGCAGGAAAGGGGAGAUAAAUAAUGGAGAAAAUACGAUUGUGUGGCAUAGCAGUACUGAGAACGGUUUGCAACUUUGAAAAAGGUUAUAAGUCUUUUAUAAGUUUGCCCAGUUCCUAGAUAAUGGAGGGUAAGCUACUUUUUUGGUGGGGCCCAGGAUUUCAUUAGAAUCCUGUGAAUAGCAGAUUUUAGUUUGCAGGAAAACUAGUUCUUGGCCUUGCUGGCUAAGAAGAGGUUGAAAAUGGCAAGGUUACCAAGUAAGGCAUUCAGAUUCAUUUUUGCUUGCAGUUUUCACUUACUAUUUUAAUUCAAUGGAUUUUAGGCUUUUAAGGGUGAAAUGAACCUGUCUUGGCACAAUUCAAGGGGUUAUGAAGCAGUUUUUAUGACUUUACAAAUGGACAGGAAGAAGAUACAGAUUCCAUUUAUUCUACAAUGUCUUCUAGCUUAACAUCAAUCAUAUUAAAGUAAAUUAGAUGCAAAUUGUGUUACUUGCAGCUAACAAAAAUCAGGCAAUUAUUUAGAUCCAGCCCCUGGCUCCUUGUAGUCUCUUUCCACUGUUGCCUUCUCUCCUGGAGCACACGCUUUUUCUGUUUUCCAACACCACCUCCUAUCAGUGUUAUUUGCUUGCUUAGUUUAAGUUAAUGAUUGUUGCCUUAUGUUUUGGGAUUUAUCAUCAGACUGACAAUGGGAAGAGCGCAAGGGGUUUGAAUGCAAGCAAGCGGUUGAACCUCUGGUGAAUUGCAUUAGUGGUGGUAACGUAAAGGAUGUCUCAAGACCAGGAAGCUGAACAUUCUGGCCUUCCAUACUUUGUGCUUGCGUCUGUGCCGCUUGUAAAAUUUUAACAGUGCCUGGAGUUCAUUUUCGGGGGGAGGUUGUUGCUGGGCAAAGGAUCUGAUCUUACUCAGAGUUUUCCUAUGUAGUAGGCCAUUUUAAAGCACUUCUGGCUUCUAAACACUGAUAUCCAACAUCUUCAGCAAAGUCAUUUCUUCAGCACUUCUUGGAUGACCUUUGCAGUGGUGAAAUUCAGAAUUCACUUGGCUUUGGAGGUUGUUGAUCUAAACUGCUUCUAAUAAAUCUGUCCUUAAGGGGAAACAACUCCUUAUUCACUACUUGCUGAUGAAGUUGGGUAUUUGCUAAUCACCGAUAGGGUCUUUUGGAAGAGUUCAGCUUUUAUCUACAGUGGUCUCAAGUCCAGAUAGGCUAAUGUCAUAUUUUCAUAGCUUCCAGUUGGGCCUACUGGAGUGUAAAGGAUUAGGUAAAGGUAAUACCAUAAAGGAUACCAUAAAGGAUUAGGUAAGAUGUCUAUGUUGCUCCAGAUUGUGCACAGGUAUGGACAUCUUUCGAAGCAGUGUAUGUGAAAAUCAGUUUAGUCUUUCCUUUCAGCCUCUUGGUUGGAAGCAACUUCAGCGCAGAAAGACUGGUUGAAAACAGACCUUGCACAGACCUUGCAAUAUGAUUGAAUCAACCACUCCUGCAAUGUCCAAUGUAUUCUCCCUCACAGCUGAUCUGCUGGAGCAAGUUUAUUUGAUAACAAGUUAACUACAGUCAUACUACAGUCAUUGUCAGGUUUGGCAACUUGCUGCUGUUUUUCACUUGUGGUCAUGUGCAACUUCUUUGGGAACAGGUCCUGUUGAACUUAUUGGAUGUCUGAAUAAAUAUACACAGGCUAAGUCUGUUACACUACAAUCCUGCAUAUACUGAAAUGUCCAGUGAAGUUUACUCAAUUGAGUUUACUCUCAGGUAAGUGGGUACAGGUUUGAAGCUGCAGUUUGAUAAAAGCCGUGGUUAGAACACCUGUUUAUGUCCAAUAUAGUGUAAAAGGUGGCUUCUUUUGGCAUAAAGUGGCAUCAGGUCCUGCCCUCAGGUUUUCCUAGCUGUGACUGUUUCCAUUCUCAGUUUCCGAAGUGUAUUUACUGAUCUCACUGAUCUCUUAGCUGUGAAAGGCUAGCCAGUCUUGAAAGAAUGAUUCAUUCUGUUUGCCCGGCAGGGCUUAUGACCUGUAUUACUUGAACUGCACCCCCACCCCCACCCGGUGCUGCGUGAGGGAAGAUGUGGCAUAGACAAUCUGUCAUGGGGGUAGUGAAUGAACGUUCCUUUCUGUGUACAGGAGUCUUUGGACAUAUGUAGUCAUUUUCUGGAUUGUGAUCUGAGGUUACAAUCCAGCAUCGUUAAAAUCCAUACGGCCAGAAUACAGAGAACUACAUUUGGCAAGCUUUUCAUGUGCCUUGGUGCAUUUCUUUUUGCCUUAAAGAACAAACUACCAUGAAAAUCAAAAGGUUUGCCAUGGACUAUCUAGGAUUGUUGUUCAAAGGCACCUUUGGUUGUGCUGUACUAGUUGCAGGUUCUUUGAAGGGGUUUGUUGCAGAUUUCAGUGAGUGGAUGUUACAGUCUUCCAGGCUCAACACACACAAAAUAAUCAUUUUUUCUUUUUGGGAUAUUCUUGGUUUAGUCUAGCACAUUUUCUGUGAUAAAAAGGACAAUGGGUUCUUCAAGAUGAGGCUUCUUGGAGCUUUUUAUCGUGCAUUUCCCUUGCUUCACUUGUGAAAGUUACGGGAGGUAAAGAUGAUCCCAUCUUUAGUUUGUGGCCUUCCUGUGUUUUUACCAUUAAAUAAGAAGAGGGAGAAUAGCUUCAGAAUGUCUUUUAAUUGUUAGCAAUAGGAGAUCUCUAAUUCUGAGACAUUUUAUAGAACAAGACUUAGAACUAUGCUUGCAAUCUAGAUGGGAUUAAGCACUUUUCAAAACCACUGAUUUCAAUGGAGAUAUUUCAGUCUGUUGAAUUCUCCCUUAGGAAUCAAUUGGAUUUAAAAGUGCUUAACUUUAGAUUAUGUCUGAUACAGCUUUAAAAUCUUCUGAAAGGGCUUGUUGCUAAAGAGCAUGUGCUUGAGUUUCACAGUGCUUAACAUUGAUCAGACAUCCUGUGUUUUUAAAACAUGAUUUUAUAUAGCAUUUUCUAAGUGAUUGAAAGAUUAGUAUGAAUAAACUCCACAACCUUAAAUCCAUUUCUAGAAAUAUAAUUUGAAAAUGGUGUCGUCCAAACGAUUAAAAGUAAGUAGCUAUCUAGUUUCUAGGUUUAUAUGAUCUGCUUAUCUUGAACACUGGAUAACAUUUGUUGUUACUACAUGCUACCAGAUUAUAGAUCUAAAGAUAUGUAAAUUUGAUUUUUCUGCAUUCAUGACUCCAACUUGCAGCUCUUAGACUGAAGUUCCAUGGUAGCACAAAGGGUACCCGUGAGAAGUUUGCAGCAAAACCAGCAAGUCUUGCUUUCAAUUUUGUGUUUCGUUUUGGGUUUAUUUUCCUUCCAGAAUGAAACCUAUACAACUUAACAACAUUAUACAGAGAUGACUAAAGAUUAAUGGAGUUACUGUAGCAUAAGCUUUUAUAUGGAAGCAGAUUACCAUGCACAUAAGCAUGUGCUUCAAUGUAUUUUUUUAAAUCUUUAAGGAGCUGCAUGGUCCUUAUUUUUGAUUGCAAUAGUACACUGCUAGAAUUCAAUGUACCUGACCUUACUAAUAAGUUACUUUGAAAUAUGAGUACAUGCACUGGAAAGUGGGCUUGGUAGUGCUGUAAAGGUACAGGUAAAGGUAGCCUCAUCAAUCAAAGACGGAACACAAUGAACAAGGCUUAAUGGAUUACUUUAUUCCUCAAAUUUUUAUUCCCUCAUCUCUUAUAGACCUUGUGAAGUACCCCCACCUAGGACUCUCCGUGUUGCAGCAUGGUGGUUUUGUUCCUUUCAAUCUGUUGACUUGAAAUAUCUCAGCCCUGCAGAAAUUCUAGGUUUUUCUCUCACACUGAAAUCAAUAAAUGGAGGGGGUGCGUGUCUGCGUAUGUGAUGUGUGUGUGAAACUUCUUCGUAGUCUGUGUGUGUGUUACAAGCAAUGCUCAUGCAGCCCAAAAUGAAAAUGUAGGUGUCAAAUUAGAUACAUUUUAUUUAUACCAGCAAUGUUUGUUUGCAUUUACGCCUCAUUCUUCAACAGGAAAGGCUCCUCAAGUGGUUUACCUACUAUCAAUAAAGGCAAGAAUUCUCUGCCUACAGGGCUACAAUCUAAAAGUCACAAUAUUAAAGACAAGGGAGUAGAAGGGAAGAGAGGGAAGGUAAAGGACGAACUGGAUCAUAAAGGUUAAGCAGUAGUUCUUAAAUGACCAACUGAAAAAGAAAUCAAACCCAGUUUGCCAAAUAGCUUUACAAUUUAAGGAUUCAGGAUCAUGCAUAUGAAUGUCACAUAUAGUGUGAACUAAACAACAACGUCUUUCUAGCUAUCCAGAUUCACGAUUGUUUUAAAAUAUUUAAACCUCAAUAUUUAAAUAAAUGCAACUUUAUUUCCUGGC